AUGAAUUGCCCCUCGCGGAACGACGACACUCUCGCCCACCCGGGCUGGAAUCAGAGCCCACCGCCCUUCAGUGCGGACACCACCACGCGGAAUGACUUCAAUGGCCUCGCCAAUUCCAGAGUGCACCGCAGACAUGCUGCGAACUCCGAUACGGCAGAUGAUCCGUUAUCAAUUGAGAAUAGACCGCACAGUCAACAAGAUCGAGACCCAGGGAAAGAAAAAUCCCCCAGUGGCGAAGUGACCGCUGCCGACGGGGGUGAUUCACCCCCGGAGAGCAGGUCACCUCGCCUUCCAUUCUCUGAAUAUCUUCAUUCUUCUACUCUGCGCUGCAUCCAAACCUUGGCAAAAUUCGGUCGCUUUAUUGGCCCUGGAUUUCUCAUUGCAGUUGCAUACAUUGACCCGGGCAAUUAUGCCACUGAUGUUGCGGCGGGCGCCGAGUUCAAGUACGCCUUGUUGUUCAUCGUUCUCGUCUCCAAUCUCUUUGCAAUUCUUUUGCAGUCCCUGUGUAUCAAGCUAGGCUCUGUGACUGGUCUCAACCUAGCAGAGAAUUGCCGUGAGCAUCUUCCAAAAUGGUUGACUAUCUUGCUUUAUAUCCUUGCGGAAGCCGCGAUUGUUGCGACGGAUAUUGCAGAAGUCGUUGGAUCCGCGAUCGCGUUGAAUCUACUUUUGAACAUCCCUUUGGUAGCUGGUUGUGCCAUCACCCUGGUGGAUGUUCUCUUCAUUUUGAUCUUCUAUCGACCUAACGGGACGAUGUGGGGAUUACGACUGUUCGAGUUCUUCGUCAUGGCUUUAGUGCUCGGUGUGGUUGUCUGCUUCUGCAUUCAGCUCUCCCUUAUCCAAGAUCAGUCUAUUGGUGAAGUCUUCCGAGGCUACCUGCCUUCCUCGGCCAUUGUUAAAUCGGAAGGUCUCUAUCAAAGCUGUGGAAUUCUUGGAGCCACAGUCAUGCCGCAUUCUCUCUUCCUCGGCAGCGGUGUCGUUCAGUCUCGCCUUAAAGAGUUCGAUGUCACAUCGGGCUAUGUGGAAACCACUGUUCCCUUAGGCAAUGCCGAUGGCGAAGUUAAGUAUCGCCCAUCUAUCUAUGCGAUCCGUGGCUGUAUGAAAUACUCGAUUAUUGAGUUAUCUCUGUCACUAUUCACAUUUGCACUGUUUGUAAACAGCGCAAUUCUCAUUGUCGCCGGAGCCUCUUUGUAUGAUGUCCCUGGUGGUGCUGAUGCCGAUCUUUUCGGUAUUCACAGCCUGCUAUCAUCAUCGAUCUCCCCUGCCGCUGGCUUGGUCUUUGCACUCGCUCUUCUGUUGUCAGGUAUCUCCGCCGGUAUCGUCUGUACAAUCGCUGGCCAAAUGGUGAGCGAGGGCAUGCUGAACUGGACCAUCCGUCCCUGGAUGCGAAGACUCAUCACGCGCUCGAUCAGUAUCAUCCCGAGUAUCAUUAUUGCUGCGGCAGUUGGCAAAGACGGCCUUGAUAAGACUCUGACAGCAAGUCAAGUUGUGCUGAGUGUUAUCUUGCCAUUUGUCUCUGCGCCGCUCAUCUGGUUCACCUGCUUCAAUCGCUACAUGACGGUUCGGACCGAGGAGCCUAGCGAGCGCGACGGUGAAGUAGAGGUAAUCACGGUUCCGAUGAGGAACAAUUUGUUCCUUUCGAUUCUCGCGGGCGUUGUCUGGGUUGUCAUCGUUGUGAUGAAUGUGGCCUUGUUAGUCCUUGUGGGUAUGGGCAAAGCAUCUUAA